GUUCGGCGCUUCGGGCAGUGCACUUGCUUGCUUUUGACGGCGAAAAUGCGUGAGGAGCUGGCCAGACUACUUGAUGGCCUCACCGGAACGGUUCGUCUUGGCAGCACUGACCCACGAUGGGAGUCUCUCCUGGGCUGCGGGUCCAGGGUUCUCGGGCUAAGCCUCUCCGAGGCAAAAGUGGUGGACUUCUGCGACGCCAUGUUACGUAACAAUCCCUCCACUGGGAACUUCGGGUCUCUCGUGGCGCUGACAGUCGCGACGGCCGAUGAGGCCUUGUCUAUCGCUUCCGCCGUCGCUGAGGUUGCCAACACCACUGGAAACGGCGGCGGAGGCGAAGCAGCAGCAGCAACAGUAGCACUAGCUGCACGGCACAGCCCGGAAGGGUUUCCGCGAGCGCUGGCGGCGUUACGGCUCACCCGGCUGUUCGCCGCCCGCAUCGUGUCCACCCUCGGCGCCAGCCAAGUCCGUGCCCAGUUCUACUCCCGCGGGAGUCGACGAGACGGCGAUGGGCCGGCAGGUAGACGGGCAGCAGGCGGCGGGGCAGCGGUCGGUAUCACAGGAGGAAAAGGCGCGGCGGUGGCGGCGGCCGCCGGUAGGGCCAGCAGCGGGGGCGGGGGCGGGGGCGGCGCCAUCACGGAGGGCCAGGAGGAGGCCCCGGAGCAGAACGGUGUAGCCGCCGCCGCGGCCGCUGCUCCGGCUGACCCGGUAACGGCGCUGCUGUCGUCAAUAAUGUCCCUCCUGUGCGCGUCGGGGGACGAAGGAGGCAUGGCGGGGAGGACGCCGAGGAGACGCAACGGGGGGGGGGGGNUCUCAGUUGAGGGUUUCUCCGACUUGCAGCUGGAGGCGGUCGGGCUCCUCCUGGUGCUCCUGGGAACGCAGGCGUACGGGCCGCCGCCGCCGACUUGGGGCUCGUCGCCUGGCCGAGCAACGAAUGGCGGUGGUGCUAGCGCUGUCGACAACGUCUUUCUGGACGCCCUUCUGAGGGAGGCGUCGUCGAGCGGCGGCGGCGGCGGCGGCCGGCCCCACGGCUGGGGCUGCGCUCUCCCGCGCGCCGUCCUGGGGUGGUUCGUCCGGAGACCCGCGGCGCCCCCCGGAUCGGCGUCGAGCGCGUUGGUGAACGCCUUGUGGACAAAGCCGCCGCCGUCGUCCCGGAGAGUUUCGAUUCCCUUCCGGAGGUCUUUGGCUGGCGGCGGUGCCAUCGCCGACGGCCAACACAAACGCACCGCAUCUACUUCUUCCGCCGCCGCUGCCUCUCGUCCACCCUCGGCCUUGGUGCUGCCGACCACGACGCUCGACAGCACCCCUGGCGGCGGCGACGGCUCUAGCAUGACGUCCGAGGCCCGGAGGCUCCUCGCGGCCUACCCCGGCGCCCUGGUCCUGCUGGUCGCCCGCGCUCUGCUCCACGUCGUGACCCUGCGCGGCCUUUUUGGCAUGGUCGGGGGCGGCGGCGGCGGCGGGGGCGGCGGCGGCGGCGGAGGCCUGCUGCUCGACGGGGACGGCGAGAAAGGCGAGGCAGAGGUCACCGAGGCUCCGGGGGGAGCGCCCAAGGAGCCCGGGGAGUGGGAAGGGCGCUGGUCUCAGGCGAUGGAUGAUGGGGAGGGCGGUUGCGGUGGCGGCGGCGGCGGGGCUGGCGGUGGAAACGGCCGGCGCCCGAGGAAGAAGAUAUCUCCGAUCGCGGAUCGAGGGGUGCUCCUUCUGUUGGUGCUGCUGCACAACCGGUCGAGGAGUAACGCCUUCCUCGCUGCGGUGGCCACUUUCGUAGACGCGGACUUGGAAGAUAACUUGCCCGGGGGAAGCUUCGGCGGCGGCCGCGGCGGCGGUAGCGGCGGCAGCGGUGGGUCCUCCUCUGCAGCGCCCGUCGUAUCGUCGUCGCCCUCUGCGGCCGCUGCGACGCGGAUGCGAGUGUCCUUCCGCGGACUGUUUGAGGCCUUCGCUUCUACUCUCGAGGGGCCGUCAUCGUCGUCUGGCGGUGGUGGCAGGGGGGGCGGUGUUGGUGGCUGGGGCGGUGACGGGGCGGCCGCAGGAGAGGCGGAGAGCGUCGGGCGCGAGGGGGUGGCGCUCCUGCUCUACAGCUUGCUACAGGCCAACCCUGGCUUCCUGCGGGCGGCCGUAGUCAGGUCAGACGCGGACGCCCUCCUUCUGCCGCUCCUGCGCACGCUGCACGACUGCGCCUCGCCCGAGCAGCAGCAGCAGCAGGAGAAGCGACUGCGGGUCAACAAGAAAGCGGCUGCGGCGGCGGCGGCGGGCGGGGACCCUUCCCCGCCGUCCCUGUACGUGCCGGCGAUUGUGUUGCUUCUGUUCUGCCAGGACUCGGCGUUCAACCGGCAGUCGUUCAGGCAGGUGGUGCAGGCGGACGUACAGUUGGGCCCCGCUCGGAACCUCAGGGGGUCCUCGCUCGGCUCCCUCAUCGUCCUGAGCAUCCUCCGUUGCCUCGGGCACAACCUCAAGCGACUAAAAGACGGGUACCUCCUGGAGAACUGCCUGGCCGUCCUGGUGAACCUCGCCCCUCAGGCGGAGCACCUGCAGCCAUACGCCGCGGAGCGCCUCGUCACCGUGCUUGUGGCCGCCUCCCGCCGGUGGAUACAGGGAGCCACGUCCGCCGCUGCCGCCGCAGUAACGGCACAAGCGGCAGCGGCGCCGGCGGCGGAGCAAGGUGCUGGGGCGGGACUGCAACUUGGAGGGGGCGGCGGCGCCGGCGCCGGCGGCGGGGGGGGGGGGAACGGGGGNGGCGACGUGCAGGAGCUGUGCGGGGAGGUCGCCCGGGUGCUGUUCCUGUUCGUGUGGUCGUGCACCCGGCCGCGGAGGCUCGGCAGCAACGUGGAGCUCCUGUACGCGCUGCUUCACGAGCAGGCGUGUGCUGCCCUCGACGCGAUCUGCACCCACCCAGCGCUGGCCGCGACCGGGUGGGCGGGCGACUUGCCGAGGCUGCUUGCGCACUUCCAAGACCUGGCGCGCCAGCGCGAAGAGGACGGGGGUGGCACCGGCCUCACCGCGGAGAGCGCAAUGGAGACGGUAAAGAAGGGCGUGCGACACUACACCACCGAGGCUUUGGGCAAGGGCCACAAUGGCGGGGGCGACGCGGCAGAGGAUGGCCGGGGGGGUGGGGGNGGGGAGGGCGUUACUCUGGUCUACGAAGAGGGAGAGCAUUCCGAGGCGUUUUUCCUCCCCUACCUGUGGGAGGUGCUUCUCUCGCGCACUCCAGACCUCAAUUGGAGUCCCGCCAGGGUACGCAUGUUCUCUUCUCCGUCGUCCUCCUCCAAGACCUCGACGACAGCGGAGACCCAAGCGGCGAACGAUUCCUCACCGCCGGCGAACGAUCCCUCACCGCCGGCCGCCGAAGCUUCGGCGGCAGGGGGGGCCGUGAGAGGGAGCCCCCCCGCAGCGGGGGGGGCAACUGGGGGGCGCGCACCGCAGCAGGGCGCUGAUGCCUCAGGCGGGGGGGCUUGGGCAGGCGCAUCGUCUCCUGCUGAUCAAGGCAAAGAGUCGUCGCUCUUGCCGCCGGCCGCGCCGAAGCUGACGACACCUCCGACUUCGGCCGUGGUAGGGGGGUGGUGGGGGUGGGGCAGAGGCGGGGGGGGGCGGGUAAGGGCAUCCGCGGAGGAGGGGGAGACGCAGGGGGAGCGGAGAGCGUUACACUCGAAUGUGUGAGUUUUUUUUGGUGCACCCGCGGCACGAACAUGCUGCUGCUGCUUCUGCUGCUGCAGAAAAGUCUUGUGGUGGGGAGGAUGCGGGUGCUUACGUGUUGGUGGUGGGGGGGGGGGGGGAAAGGGUUAUAGCUUGUGCUAUUGUUGAUUUUUUUCCCGUAAUUGGUUUCGUUUCGCUUUGGCGUCGAUUCCACGUUGAUUACUAUUUGUUGAGAGAAAUGAACGUCAGAAGAGGCUGAGUAGGGAUGUGGGCAAAGAAACGUUGUGCAGGAUAUGAAUAGCAUUGCAUGCAGCAAAACGGCGAUAUAAAUGUGGUGGCAGCAUGUCUGUUCGCGUGCCUCAAGUCCGGCGAUCGGUGUAUGCCGAAAACACCUGCUUCGUUAUGUACUGCUGAAAAGCUGUGGUCAGAGUUGAGCGUUGAGGUUACAGCCCGUUGAGGUUUUGCCAUCUUUCGAUGCGGGAGAGACGAGAAGGUCACCGUCGUCCUUCCUUUUAAAGCAUGCAUGCGUGGUUUUGUAGCGCGUGUUGCUCACUGCGUGGAUGGCACGCACACACAUGUUCGGGUCUGUGCUUAGAUGUGUUAAUGCAUGAACGUGUUGGCGGUAUUAGCGCUAGUCGCCGCGAAAUCAAGCACGUUGUUCCUGGGCCGACCGUGGCAAGUGCUGUAGAGGCUACGCUUGCGAGUAUUUCUCCCAAAAAACCAUGUGAGGCAAAACAACUAGUUCAAUCUCUUUCAGAUUAGCCGAUGGGGGGAAGGGGAGCGUACUCAUCUUUUGAAUGCCUUAGCGGUUUGACCAUUGUUCCCACAGGAGGACCAACCUCCCAUGGCCAAUCGCUUCUUCCUUCUUUGCCAUAGGCGAUUCAAAAGCGUUGUCUCUGCCUCAUUUCAUUGCAGGGCGACGCGCGUUGCCUCUCAAACCCUUGGCAGCGGCAUGGAACAUAUGUAGUGCCUCAAAAGUUAUAAUUACCGUGGAUAUUUUUUUGGUGUUCCAUAAAGUCGUAUGGUCCCCAGCGAUGGGGACUGGAAAGGGCGAGCAACUGUUACGGUGGAACACAAUAAUCAAGACCAAAUUGGGCACUUCGCGUUCUAUCUCAAAAAAUUAUUUUUUUCUGUCAAAAUGCUCUCUCCCGCGAAGUUGAUAGAAAAACACACACUCGUUUGCAACUUUUGCACGCAAUAAUUGAGCAACACACACUGGGUGGGUUCAACAGAAAGCCUAUUACAUCAGCUGUCGAAUGGCGCUGGUUUCAUGCCCAUCGAACAGUCACAGCACGAAGUGAACGGCGCCAAAAGCAGGCACUUCAUGGCAGCAAUUUUCAAGCGGGCAUACUUGUUGCGGUUCGGGCAAAACAAGUUAGGUUCUAAAAUAGAACCUGACGCAAACUGCUCAACAUGGCGCGUACAA